AUGAAGCUCUCCUCGCGCUUCUCUGCACUUGCUCUAGCCCGCGUCGCUCUUGCAGCUAUACCGGAUCCAACCCACGGUUACGUCAACUAUCUCAGCAAGUCAGACGCCGUCAGCAAGGGGCUCGUUUUUGCAUCCGGGAGCAACUUCACUCUGAAGGCUGACGACACCAAUGUCGUGAGCUCGAGUGCUUCAGGACGCGAUUCGGUGCGCAUACAGUCGCCAAAGACAUACAACUCUCAUGUCACAGUCAUCAAUCUCGCGCAUAUGCCCAAGGGCUGUGGGACGUGGCCCGCCGUUUGGGAGGUAGGGCCAAACUGGCCGGCAGGUGGAGAGGUGGACAUCAUUGAAGGCGUCAAUGACCAGGGUAAGCAGUUCCUGUCACUGAUCGCCGAUCCCGGGAUCGCGCCUUACAUGCGGUCUCAUACAGAACCAAAUCGUUCAAGUCUACACACCAGCCCUGAUUGUUCCAUUCCUUCUUCGGGCGACUUCUCUGGCACUGUUGUGUCAACGAACUGCGACACAUCCGUCAACGACAACUCCGGGUGUGGUAUCGACUACUCAACAGACAACAGCUACGGCCAUAGCUUCAACCUCAUCCAAGGAGGCUUCUAUGCGAGCGAGCGUACGACCACAGAAGUGAAGAUAUGGUUCUGGCCACGUACGGCAACCAACAUCCCGAGCGAUGUGCUGAGCGGCUCGAGCACUAUCAACACCAACAACUGGGGCAAACCCCAAGCUUACUUCCCUAACACCGACUGUGAUAUCGGAAGCCACUUCAACGACAACAAUAUCAUCAUCAACUUGACGUUCUGCGGCGAUUGGGCGGGAAGUGCCUACUCAAGCUCGGGAUGCCCUGGUACUUGCAACGACUACGUGCAGAACAACCCGUCGGAGAUGGUCAAUGCCUACUUCCUCAUCAUGUGGCUCAAAGUCUACGAGUCAAGCUCCCUCCAAUUCGAUGCAGAAAGGCAAACCGUGAUGCGGGUUGAGGGUCAUUAG